GCGGAGGGCUAGCGCCGGCGGCGACAGCGGCAGCGCGGGCAGUCAAAGCAGGCAGUGGCUUCUUCUCAGCACCCACCGUCCCGGCGGCCUUGGUGGCGGGGACCUUUCGCUCUGUUCUCGGUCCCUCGCUCCGCCACUGGGGCAGGCGCAGCAGCUGUCCCGGAAGAGGCGUCUGGAAGACAGUCCAACAAGACCCCCGAGAGAGGGCAGCGGGGCUCGAAGAGUUGGUAGGCGUGAGGCACGCACAGAGCCAGUCGAGAAGGAGCCGAUCGCUGUGGUCCCCAUUCGUGGGUCCCAGAGAUGGGGGCGCAGCGGGGGCUGCGGGAACUUUGAAGGCAUCGGGUCCUGGGGUCUGAGGGUUGGAGGCCCUUUGGGGACUCGUGAUUCAGCUCUCUCAUCAGUGGCGGAAGCCCCUUCGAACCCGCCGCGGCCCCCGAACGGCCAGAGAGGAAGUUCUCUGCAACUUCGUCCGAGACGUCCGAGACGUCGGAGACUGAGAGAAGCAGAGAGAGAAAGGACCUGGUGGAGACCGAGGGGUCGAAGAGCGACCCCAGAGGCACCGAGGCCGCGGAAUCAGCCUGGCAUCCCGCGGGCCGCGCUGUUCCCUGGGUGAAGCUAAGGGCCGUGUGUUCCGGUGGCCUCCUCCAAGCCCCUUCUAUCGGGGGCCGGGGUCUCCCAUUCGUCCCGGAGGUGGGCCCCUACGCUAUGUCCCCGAAGCCGCGGGCGCCUUGGCCGCAGCUACUCCUGUGUGGGCCGGGAGCCGCCGCUUGAGCCAGCCAGGGAGCGAAGCCAGCCAGAGUUGGGCGCCCGCUCCCAGACGGACUGCGCUGAGCGCCGUUUCCCGCCUCUCCACCCGACUCUCGGCAAUCUUCGGCAGGGAGGCUGUGAAAAAGACCCCAAGGCUCCAGCAGUGUUUCCUGAGCUCAGCUCACACGGUGUCCGGCCUGGUGGUGAGGCUCCCUUGCCGCCCUGGGCAGCCCUUUGGCGCCAGGAGGCGGCGGCGUGGGCCGGCCUGGAGUCUGGAGCGCCCCGAUGGAAAUACACUGUAAGCACGACCCGUUUGCAUCCAUGCAUAGACAUGGAGGAGUGAAUCAGCUUGGGGGGGUUUUUGUGAAUGGACGGCCACUCCCGGAUGUAGUCCGCCAAAGGAUAGUGGAACUUGCUCAUCAAGGUGUCAGGCCCUGCGACAUCUCCAGGCAGCUUCGGGUCAGCCAUGGUUGUGUCAGCAAAAUUCUUGGCAGGUAUUAUGAGACAGGAAGCAUCAAGCCUGGGGUGAUCGGAGGAUCCAAACCAAAGGUUGCCACACCCAAAGUGGUAGAAAAAAUUGCUGAGUAUAAACGCCAAAAUCCUACCAUGUUUGCCUGGGAAAUCAGGGACCGGCUGCUGGCAGAGCGAGUGUGUGACAAUGACACAGUGCCCAGCGUCAGUUCGAUCAACAGGAUCAUCCGGACAAAAGUACAGCAGCCCCCCAACCAGCCGGUCCCAGCUUCCAGUCACAGCAUAGUGUCUACAGGCUCUGUGACGCAGGUGUCAUCGGUGAGCACGGACUCGGCUGGCUCGUCAUACUCCAUCAGCGGCAUCCUUGGUAUCACAUCCCCCAGCGCCGACACCAACAAGCGCAAGCGAGAUGAAGGCAUUCAAGAGUCUCCGGUGCCCAAUGGCCACUCACUUCCAGGCAGAGAUUUCCUCCGGAAGCAGAUGCGGGGAGACCUGUUCACGCAGCAGCAGCUAGAGGUGCUGGACCGUGUGUUUGAGAGACAGCACUACUCGGACAUCUUCACCACCACGGAGCCCAUCAAGCCAGAGCAGUGGUGCCCCGUGCUGAUGAGACAAUACUUGGUGCAGCCCCAGGCAGUCCUUUUCCAGACGACGGAAUAUUCAGCUAUGGCCUCGCUGGCUGGAGGGCUGGAUGAUAUGAAGGCCAAUCUGACCAGCCCCACCCCUGCUGACAUCGGGAGCAGUGUGCCAGGCCCACAGUCCUACCCCAUUGUGACAGGCCGCGACUUGGCGAGCACAACCCUCCCCGGGUACCCUCCACACGUCCCCCCCGCUGGACAGGGCAGCUACUCUGCACCGACACUGACAGGGAUGGUGCCUGGGAGCGAAUUUUCUGGGAGUCCUUACAGCCACCCUCAGUAUUCCUCGUACAACGACUCGUGGAGGUUCCCCAACCCGGGGCUGCUUGGUUCCCCCUACUAUUACAGUGCUGCUGCCCGAGGAGCUGCCCCACCUGCGGCCGCCACUGCCUAUGACCGUCACUGACCACUGGAGCCAGGCAGGCGCCAAGCACUUAUGACACAUAUCACUGAGGGAGAUAGCUUCCCACCUCCCACCCCAACAGUGAGGGGGGCCCCACAAGACCAUACACAAGUACCCCUGCCCUGCAUAUCUGAACUCUCUCCCCUUCCCUGCCAGGGACUUGGGCUCCAUGGUAAAGCUGUUGGAUUUCUGGACCCUUGUCCAUUUCAAGAGUCGAUUGAUCGGCUUCUCUAAAUGGCCACAGGGUCUCCACAAACCAACAGUCUCUUCUGUAGACCACUGAGCCCAGCCCAGCCUGCCAGUCCCCCAGCUAUCUGACCAACUGUUCAUCUCAGUACUACAAGCCUGGGAAGGAAAGCUAGCUUCUGUUGCUUCAACAACACCUAUGUAAAUACCUUCUUGCUUCUCUGUGGGGCUGAGGGUCCCACUGAGCAGACCGCCCGCCCCAUGAUGCAUCCUGAUCCUGUACUUAUUGUGUGUCACAGGACAGCUUCAACCUGUGUACAGAUGCCCGCUCUGCCCUGGUGUUCCUGUCAGGUGAGCUUGUAAGCUGUCCUUGAGACUGAGGACCACAGCCUCCUGCUCACCCCUACUUCUGUAAUGCCUAGGAGACUCAUUGGGCUACAAGCUUCCCCAGAGAUUUCCUCCACCCAGAAGAAUAUACCUAGAGGAGAUGCCCAGGCUUCCAGACUCCAUUUCCCUGGGGCUACUGCAGCAUGAGCUGCUCUUUUCCAGACUGAAGGACUCAAAGAGAACUAUCUGAAAGGUUCUCUGCUGUCAUUCAAAAAUAAGAGGUCAUCCAAGUGCUGACGGCAUCAUGGACUUUGACUGUCAGGCCGGGUGGGAUUGGGAGUUCAUCUGAUCCAGCCAAGGAGGGGUCUGACGCUCUCCCAACCUCCCCAGCCCCAGGAGCCACUGAACUGAACUGGAAUGGUUUCUGGAGCAUGCGCAGGCUCGAAUCACUUUGGAUACCCAUCAUGGAUACUUCACCAACCCCACAGGACCCCAGCAAGUGGAUUCUGGGCAAGCCUGUUGCAGUGAUACAGACAGUGAUGACAAAAAGGACUUUCCCCUGCACCAAGGACCACAGCUUCCUACAGGCAUCAGCCAGGGCUCCUGAGCUGCUUCUUGGGCCAGCCUUCCCAGUUCCCACGGAGCUGAGUGUGUAGCUGGGU